AUGGCGGGAACCUGCAAAAAUAUGCGGCUCCGACUCGUUGUGCGCCGCCACAACCUCCCGGAAACCCGAGUGCUCUUCAGCGUAUCGCUCGAGAAUGACCCAACCAUCUCUCAGCUGCUCGAACAAAUCAAUGCCGUGAUCCCCCUUGAGUCUGAUCACUGGGGCCUGGAUGACUACGCAGUCGAGCUGCGCACUGGUCCCGAUGGAGCCGCUUUCGAGGCUCUGCACUAUCAGCACGUCGCUACUAUACUACAGCAUGAUGAGGAAGUCUACAUCCGCCCGCUUCUAACCCCAGACCUGAAGAAACGCCGCUUGAGUGGAAGGGAUCAGAUCUCGACUGACGGGAGGCACUUAGUGGACGGCGUGCCCUACGGUCGCCCUUUGCUGCGACACCAACUGAACCGCCCGUCCAUCCACAUCCCGCCCCGAAAACGCCAACGGCUCUUGUCAGAUGACCAGGAUGAUGAGGACAACCUGAGCGGAGAGCAACCGCCACUACAAAUCACACAGUAUGGCGAGCCCGAAUGGCAGGGUGGGGAGGAUGACGACAGCGACUUUUCGGAACAUGAAGCAGAGGAAGAUAUGGAACUGGACGAACAACUUUCCGAAAUCGACGAAGAUGAGCUCACUGCACUUCACCAAGACAAUGUCGAAGCAGGGCUCGAAACUGGAGUCGAGUCAGAAAUCCAGAAAUCGCCGAGUCCAAACAGCAAACACUCCGACCGAGACCCGUGGUAUGAGGAGGAGGACUCGGGUAUGACGGGGAGCGGCAUCGAGGACGAUCAUCGCCGCGCCGAUGAGCUCAAACGUCAACUGCUCGGCACUCUUUACCCGGCUUUCAUCACGAGUAGCCCAGAGGAUACCCCAAAGUGGGUGCACAAGUAUCCCAAGAAUCUUUACUCGAACGAUAUGAGCGAAAACCUGGCAAUAUUGGACCUUCUGGCAUGCCUCGGUACUGCUUUCCCCGGGCGACCGAUGCUGGAUUUGAUGAAGAUCAUGAUCCAGUGCGAAUACAAAGCGAGACGAGUAUACAAGCGGCUUAAGAAGGAUGACAUUCCGCAUAUGAGCUACAACAGGGUUAAAAGGCUUUACAAGGCUAUUCAUACGUCAGCAUCUGCAGAGGCCUAUGAGUUUAUCAACAAUCAGAUGGAUAAGCAGCAGCAGCCCGACAAGGAAGAUGCUCCUGUGGCGUCGUCAAGGGAUGAGGAUAUGAUGGAGGCAUCGAAUGGGGCUGACAUUGAUGAUGAGGACAACCAGUCGGAAUCAGGAGAUAGCGUCAGCUCACUGGUGAAGUACUAUGAUCAGCAUGGUUUCCCUCCCGGUUCCAUCCAUGAUGGAACCGCGUUAACACACAUGGCCGCCGCUGCCCAGGGUGGAAAGCCAAGAAAAAUCAAUCUAGAGGACAAUCAACCAGCUAAAGCAGAGGCCGGCACAGCUCCUAGCCAAGAUUCUGAUUCUGACUCUGAAGAAGACGAUGACUUUGAGGCUGACAGUGAGAGUGACUCUGACGAUUCGGAGUAUGAACCUGCAGAAGAUUUGAAGCCGGAACAGCAUAUGGACGCUACUUCCGACUCGUCUUCAGAUAGCGAACUUGAAGAUAAAGAAAACGAGAUACUUGCAACAGCGUCCAAAAAGGCUCUGCCCUUGUCAGAUUCUCCUGGGGAGGACAGCAGUGCCGAUUCGAGCGAUGAUGAGGAUGUGCAAACGACAAAGUUCGAGGGCAAACCGAGAAAGAUUUCAACCGCCGCACCCGACACAAGCGGUUCGGAGAGCGGCAGUGAAGACGAAGAAGCAGAGGACAGUAGUGGUUCCGACUCGGAUGACGACUCAGAAAGCAGCUUCGAUGACUCUGAAGACAGUUCCGAUUCCGAAGACGAAGGCCCUGAAGAAGUCUCGUCGAAGCAGCCAACAUCUGACCCAGCUCUGGAUCGUUCUGAACCGCCUAACCUCAACGAGUCCAAGUCUUCCAAAUCUGGCAACCUCGGACAGCCCUCUAAAUCAGUAGCAAAUGCAGACAACCACGAGAACUCUAGCAUUGUGUCGCAGCCAGGAAAGGCAAAGACGAGAAGCCGGAACGCUCGCCGCCGUGCGCUCAAGCAAGCUCUCAAAGCAAAGGCUACAACUGCAGCUGCCGAAAUCGACCCGUUGGAGGAGCGCAAGAAGGAACUGCUAGCAGCGCUAGGCACAUCUGGUUCCCCUGAGAAGCCGGCCUCACCAAGUGCGUCUACUGGAACUGCGAAAGCGACAACAUCAAUGCGUGCCGAAGCCGACAUCGAGGAACCAGAUGCAUGGAGGGCCAAGAUCAACUACCGCGCAGUCGAAUGCGUCGAAGAAGGCGUCGAGCUCAGCGAACCACCUUUCCCCUUUGUGCAGCGCUGGGAUCCACAACAACGUGGCUAUGGUCGUGGAGGCAAGAGGAAGCGACGCGCAGCCGCUGACUACUACCAGGUAGGCGACGUGGGUCACUCGGCAACAAAGAAGCUCAAGUUCGCCGACGUAAAUGGGCACGAAGAGGAUGUUACCUUUUUGAACUACGACGAUGAAGAGGAAGGUCACGGCGAUCCAGGCGGGAACGGCACGGAUGAUAAGGACACCAGAGGUAACGAGCCAGAGUUCUCGGCCGCUGACAGCCAGUUCACGGACCUGGAUGACCUUCCAUCAUUGCCAUCGGAUCUGUCGACGCUGCCGCUUCUCAAGCUGGGCGAUGCCAAGCCUGGCAUGGUCAUCACGUGGAAAAAAUGGGUGCUCUCUGAAGCGACCAGUUGGCAGCCGCAGUUGGCCGAUGUAUCGGCGAUAGUGGCCAGCGUGAGCGACGAUGGUAUGCAGCUGCGCGUCGUACUGGCGCGGCGGGACCGCAAUAUGGACAAGAAAGAGAAGACGUAUGAUGAAGAGACUGGAGAGAGAAUUUAUGGGCGUUUCGAGGUUCCAGAUGACGAUGAGGAUGACGAUGGUCAGCAGAGAAGUGGUGAGGAGGAUGAAGAUGGUUGGCGGACGCUGGAACUGUCAGAUCUUAUUGACCCCCGCAUCCAGCAGCGUCCACUACCUAGCGAUCGCGGCGGUAGUGAGGAUGGCCACAAUGAUAUGCAGGCGGAUGCGCCUGGGACUCGCCCUAACGGCUCGGUCGUCAUUCCUGAUAGCCAGGCUCUCACCCAACCAAACGAUCGUGUUGAGCACCGGUCUACAAGCAACGAAAUUUCUACGACCGUCGAGGGCGACGGCGAGGAAGCAGGACAAGUCAGUGGAGAGGAUGGAAAUCAAGUUGAGUCAAGGACUGAGGAGACUAAUAAUGGACCGAAACCUGCAGGGAUCCGCCAGCCCUCAACGGCACACAGCGCACAAGACGAGAGCGUCGUCCCCGAGACCGCAGAAAGCUCUCUAGUGGCAGCCCAUGCAGCCCAGGAUAACAGGCCAGAGGCUGAUGAGACAACUCUGUCUGUUGACGACGACGAACAAGCUAGGCGAGCCAUGGAAAGUGGCACAAGUAGAGCAGUCAGCCAUGAAGACAUUAGGAAUGAUCAGCAACAGCAGCAUAAUCUGGAUAGCCCGUCACGCCAACUUGAGAAUGAUGUUUCCACCACGGUCCAAAAGGAGGGCCUGGAGGAUGGUGACUCUGGACAUGAAACAUCUUGCCAACCCAUGAGCAAUGCUGUGCAACACUCUGCAUUGGUGACGCAAGCAUCUCACGGAUCGGCAUCUCAGGAAGUGUGCUACCCAUCAGUCCAACCAUCAACGUCAUCUGCAGCUUGUAGCCUGCGCAGUGGCCGGCAGCCAGACUCGGGCCUUCAAACGAUCGGAUCGGAGGACGACAUUGGAAUCGUCGAUCUGGAUGACGUUGAUGAGAGCCAAGUUCCGACCGCUCGUGCACCACAGACGCCGGUAAAGAAUAGGAAGGAUGGUAACGGGUCAUCGUCGCCAUCGUCUCUACCAUCCAUCAGCACAAUCUGGCAAACAUGUCCGUCGACGUUUGGCACUCGGAGCCCAACCUCCGCCGGAGUCGCAGUGGCAUCGGUCUCCAAAGCCAAGGCGGAUCACGUGGCCCAAGACACAGAGUAUCAAGAGGAGAUGCGGCGGCUCGAUGACGACAGCGAUUCACCGGAGGAUGUCACGGAGUACAAGAUCUCCACCACUCAGAUCAAGGAGAGCAGCAGCCAGCAACAACAGCACGACAGCUCGCCUACAAGCUUGCCCAGAUUCAAGAAAGAAAGUGACUUGGCGAACCCCCAGACGUAUGGUACAUCCGUCUCGCCGCCUGCGCCUAGAGGUCUAAGGGGCGUCCGCCGACAAGGGUCGACAACCAAGUCACUGCCGGGUGAUCACGACCAAGUCAUCACCAUCUCCAGUGACAACAGCAGCCCGGAGCCGGUAUAUGUGGAGGACUACGCAGACGACAGCAUAGACGAGGAUUACGAGUCCCCGGAGCCCGUCCGGGCCAGCCACAGUAAAAGAUAUGGCCUUAGAGGGGCUAGCGUGCCGGCUACAAGGCCUAGUAGUCAUGGUGGGAAUGUUGCUUCUGCCGACGUCAAGACGGUGUGCGGCAGGGCGACUUCGGCGAUGCCACCGUCACAGCCUCGCGCGGCCGGCAAAUACCGUUCUUUGAGGGCGUAG